GAUAAGUGCGGGGUUCUCGACUGCUGCUAGUGCUGCUAUACUUAUGCGGAUAUAUAUCUUAUAUUCUUAAUUUGUUUAUAAAUUAGAAUUAGUGUGAUAUUUUUAAAAAGAACGCGUUGCAGAUUAUCCCCUCUUGCUUGGUGGUCAUGAAUCAUAAUCGGCGAUUAAACGAAACAACUAGGGCAACAGGCAAGAAGCUAGAACUAAUGUAAGCAGAAGUCUGCAAUGAUACAAUUAUUAGACAAUAUUAGAAAAGCAGCUGAUUAAUACUGUAAUGGUAAUCGUGUUUUUCAGAAGCACAAUCGAAACAUAACCUGAAAAUUGUUUCGUUUUGGUAAAAUAAUAAUGUCAGAAACGAUAGAAAAAAUGGCUCCAGCGGAAAACCUAGACUCGGAUACUACCUCCGAGGAGGAUCGGAAGUUCCUGGAUGACUACUUCAAAGAGAUGGAGCAGCGACUGGCAGCCAAAGAGGAAAUUCGUGCUGCGAAUGUCAAUGUGAUUAGACCACCAGAUUCUUACUUCAGUAAACUCGACUCGAGUCUCAAAAAGAACACUACUUUUGUUAAAAAGUUGAAAACAUUCAGUGGCAAUCAGUUGGAUGCUUUGAUGAAGGACAUGGCCUGCCUUAAUCUUACAAAGUAUGUGAGUGAAGUGGCUGCUGCAUUGGUUGAUGCAAAACUCAAAAUGACUGAUAUGACUCCAGUGAUCAAAGCUUGCAGUUUUUUGCAUCAAACUUAUGCUGAGUUUUCUACACAUUUCUUUGAGAAUUGGCAAAAGAUUCUCACUCUUAAGGUCGGCGAUAAAAUUACCAAUCCUAGUAAACUAAGAGUAGAUUUACGCUUUUAUGCUGAGCUCGUAAAUGCUGGUAUUUUCACACAUAAACAAGGACUCCCUCUGCUAGGAUCUGUGUUGACUGUUUUAAUUAAUAUGGACAAAGAGGAGCAUAAUAAUGCUAGCAUAAUAUUAAGUUUUUGUCGACAUUGUGGCGAAGAUUAUGCUGGUCUUGUACCUAAAAGAGUCAGAGAGCUGGCGGAAAAAUUUAAUGUCAUCUUACCGAAAAGUAAGCUACUUACUCCAGAUAAGCAACAAAAUGUCAAGUCAUUGCUAAGAGAAUAUUACAACUCGCUCUGCAAACAUUUGCUGAAAGAACACAAAGAGCUGCAAGCUUUUGAGAAACAAAAUAGAAAAAUUUUACAAACAAGGGGAGAGUUAAGUGCAGAGAGAAAAGAAAAAUUGGAAACUCUUCAACUUUCCUAUGAACGCCUACUAACAAGUGUACAACAUUUUUCAGAUACUUUAGACGAAUCUAUACCAGAAUUACCAAUUGAUAAUGAAGUUAAGGCAGAAGCUGAUGAGUCAUUAAAAAUGAUAAGUGAAAGCGAAGAAAAUAGUAUGCUUGAGGAUAUGUGGGGUGAUGAGGAAACAAGGAGAUUCUAUGAAGUUUUGACUGACUUAACUGUUUUCCUACCUGGUUCUUAUCCCAAAGAAAAUUUAAAACAAGAGAAACAACAAGAUGAUGUCAUAACUGAGGAAACUUUGGAUGAAGAUUUGUCCCUUGACGAAUUAGAAGAUAUUGAAAAAGUAGAAGAGCCUCCAGAGCCAGAAGUUGAUGAGCCACAAGUAACAAAUAUCAGUAACAAGAUUUUACUCGACGCUUUUCUUACACACUUGCCAAACUGCGUCAAUCGCGAAAUGAUCGACAAUGCUGCUGUUGAUUUCCUUAUGAAUCUGAAUACAAAGCACAACAAAAAGAAGUUGAUUAAAGCACUUUUUGGAGUUUCUAGGAUUCGUCUGGAUUUACUGCCCUUUUAUUCCCGAUUAGCGGCUAUUCUUUAUCCAGUUAUGCCAGAAGUAGGCAAUGAACUGUGUCAAAUGUUGAAACAUGAUUUCAAAUAUCACGUGCACAAAAAAGACCAAAUCAACAUUGAGUCGAAAAUUAAAGUAGUGAGGUAUAUUGGAGAGCUUGUGAAAUUCAAACUCUACUCAAAAAUCGAAGCUCUCUAUUGCUUAAAAGUCUUGUUACAUGAUUUUACUCAUCAUCACAUUGAAAUGGCAUGUAAUUUACUUGAAACUUGCGGUCGAUUUUUAUUCUGCUCUUCAGACUCGCAUCAACGCACUAAAGUUUAUCUUGAACAGAUGAUGCGAAAAAAAGCCGUAACAGCUUUGGAUUCGCGGUACGUAACAAUAAUUGAAAAUGCUUACUACUUUGUUAACCCACCAGAAUCCAUUAAUAAUGUCACAAAGAAAGACAGACCUCCAAUUCAUGAAUUUGUUAGAAAACUGCUGUAUCAAGAUCUUUCAAAGACAAAUACUGACAAAGUUCUCAAAUGGAUGAGGAAACUUGAUUGGGAAGAUGAAGUUAUCUCUUCAUACUCCAUAAAAUGUCUCACUGCAGCUUACAAUGUGAAAUAUUUGAAUAUUAGAUGUGUUGGUAGUCUUUUAGCUGGUCUGGUAGCUCACUAUGAGGCUGUUGGACCUCUAGUAGUUGAUGGAGUGCUGGAAGAUAUCAGACUUUGUAUGGAAAUAAAUCUACCAAAAUUCAAUCAACGUCGAAUAGCUAUGGUAAAAUAUCUUGGUGAACUUUACAAUUAUCGUAUGGUUGAAAGUGGUGAUAUUUUCAGAACUUUGUACCUCUUAAUUACCUUUGGUAUCACAAUGGAUCAUUCUGUUCCAAGUCCACUUGAUCCACCUGAACAUUUAUUUCGUAUAAGACUAGUCUGUACACUUUUAGAAACUUGUGGGCAGUAUUUCAAUGGAGGAUCUAGUAAGAAGAAGUUAGAUUACUUUCUUGUAUUUUUUCAACACUACUACUGGUUCAAGAAGACGGAGACAAUCUGGACAGUUGAAAAUCCAUUUCCAGUAGGCGUCGAAUACAUGUUCCGUGAUACGCUAGCCAUGCUCAGGCCAAAAAUGCACCUGUUUGAGGGCUUCAAAGAGGCACAAGAUGCCGUUGAAGAGCUUCGCAAAACGCUCUAUCCGGAUUUGGACGUCAGCGAGCAACAAGAUGUAGAUGAUACAGGCGGCGAUAUGAACACCAUUCCGGAGGAAGAGGAAACAAGUUCCGAAAAUAACGAGGCAAAGCAAAGCGGAGAGCUGCACUUUGAAGAAGCAGAAGAGUCGGAAGCUCAAUCAGACGAGGAAUGGACAAACGAAGGAAACGAGAGGGAUGAGCAUCAAGGCACCCAAGAAAACACUCAGGGAGAUCAAAGUCUAUCAGAAGGCUGCCACGAUGGUGUCAUAAUGGAUACUUCCGAAUUAGUUGCAGCACUACCUUCGGCUCCUAAAAGAGUGCAUUGCCCGGAGGAUGAUGAUUUCCUAUCCGCUCUGGAUAAAAUGGUCUCGGACAACAUACAAGACAGAAUGAGAGAUGCAGUAAAGCCUCAGCACGUUGAUAUUUCAGUGCCGUUGCAUGUUAAAAGUACAAAGAAAACGUACGAGCAACUUCAAGAAGGCCCACCAGACAACUCCACUGUAGACUUUGUUCUCAUGGUGAGGAAAGGUAACAAACAACAGUACAAACAAUUAGCAGUGCCAGUCGCCUCUGAACUCGCGAAGAAUCUUAGAAAUAGAGAACAAGAGCAGAAGGAAGAAAAGGAAAGAGUAAAGCGACUCACACUUAAUAUAACGGAGAGACAAGAGGAAGAGGAUUAUCAGGAAGCAAUAAACCAAGGAACAAGACCAGUGACAGUAAAUUUAAAUAGAGAAAGGCGACAGAAGUAUAAUCAUCCAAAGGGGGCACCGGAUGCAGAUCUCAUUUUUGGCCCUAAGAAAAUUAGGUAGAGAAGGGAUUUAUAAAGACAGUGUAAUGCCUCCUUAUAAUUAUCUAAUUGUGUAAAGCUAAACACAAGGAGAGUUUACACUUAAUUUUAUAAUAGACUUCCGUUUGUUAUUUUUUUGGUUUGCUUUUAUUUUAAUAAAUUGAUAAUUCCAAAAUUAGGAGUCUUCAACAAUUGGACAAAUCACAGAACGCUUUUCCUUCAUAAGAAAAAUCAAAUUUUCAAAGAAGA